AUGAACGAAGCUUUGCCAGGCCGCACACCUGAAAAUGGAGACAGCCUUGUCAAAGUGAAGGAGGAGGACCCCACCUGGGAGCAGACAUGGGGUUCAUGGGAGAGCAGCCGCCAGGCUCAGGAGCUUUGCCGCCUGCGAUUCCGGCAGUUCUGCUACCGGGAGGUAACUGGGCCCCGAGAGGCUCUGGCUCAACUCCAAGAACUCUGCCGUCAGUGGCUGCGGCCUGAGACGCACAGCAAGGAGCAGAUCGUGGACCUGCUGGUGCUGGAGCAGUUCCUGACCAUCCUGCCCGAGGAGCUGCAGGCCCGGGUGCAGGAGCAGCCCCCAGAGAGUGGGGAGCAGGUGGUGGCUGUGCUGGAGGAUCUACAGAAAGACACAGGAGACCUAGGACAGCAGGCUUCUGUCUAUACUCAGGGACAGGACAUGUACCCACUGGUGACAGAAUAUCAAGGAGCCUCUUUGGAGUGUCAGAGCCUCCAGCUCCUGCCCAGGGUAACCACCUUGAAGUGUGAACCUCCAGAGCUCUGCCAAGGGAACCCCCAAGAAGUGAGUGCUGAAGAAGUUGUAACUAAAGAUGGAUUAUUUAAUGCAAAGAAAGAAACUUCUCAAGAAGUGGAGCACGGUGCUGAGGCCCCAGGAAUACCCGACAGGAAGCCUCUCGUCCCUCUUACGCAGAGGCGUGUGACCACAGACAGCCCACCACGCGUAGGUGCCGUGAGCGCACAGCACAGGGGCGGGGCUGCAGUGCUGCGGGAGGAAGCACCUAACGAACGCACGAUCCGUGCGGUGUGUUUAGCGAAGCGGCUGCAGCGCUUCCGCGCAGCAGGGACUCUUCCGGGCUUGGCUUCGGAGUAUCAGGGGCGGGGAGAGUGCGCCUGCACCGGACGGCGGACGGGCGCCGCCCUGCGCCUGUGCUCGGGAUUACACUCUGACGACCACGCGCCCCGCGGCCGCACGGACGCUGCGCUAACCGAGGCCGGUGCCAAUCCCAACGGUGAGCACACCCCACUUCUCACGGAGGCACAUGGGCUUACGCUGUGCAUCAGCGGCCAGCAGAGCGCCAGACCCCGGCGGCAGCAGUGUCGUGACCAUGCCCGAGAUGCGGGCGCUCUCCUUCCCGGGGUCCCCCGCGCUCUGCGCCGUCGCCCCAGAACCGAGACCCGCAUUCACCCCGGCGCAAGGGGGCUCUCGCGGAGAGCGCGCCGUGGGAACGGUAGGAAGCCGGCCGGCGAGGCAGCGCGGACCUUCGGCCGGCGAGGCAGCGCGGACCUUCGGCCGCGCGGACCUUCGGCCGGCGAGGCAGCGCGGACCUUCGGCCGGCGAGGCAGCGCGGACCUUCGGCCGGCGAGGCAGCGCGGACCUUCGGCCGGCGAGGCAGCGCGGACCUUCGGCCGCCGCACGCCCGUCCACUUCCGCUGCCUCUCUAGGGGGCUCGGAGGCUGUUUCGGCUCUCUGGCCUACUCGCUAGCGGCCCCCCGCCCCCGAGGGCUAGAAACCCCCCUUUCCCUGCUUCCGCUCCCCCAGAAUGGAAUGGGACUUCCUGUUAGAGACAAGCUUGGCCCUUGCCCCACCCCACUCCUCACCUGCCACGGGAAUGGGUCUCGUUUGGAGAGUCGGGCGCACCACACCCUUGUCUUCCGACGGUGGCACAGACAGGGCAAGGAGCGCGUCCGCGCUCACUCAGCUGCCGGGGACACACGGCCCCACCGCCGUCCUCAGCCUGCCCCCCGAACGCUGCGUUGUCGCCGCGGGACCUUCCCCGACGCUGCACGUCCUCCUGUGCGCCCCGCCCAGCAGGCCGCCAGCCCCGGACACGUGCGCGUGCGGCCUCACCUGCGCUCCCCGGAGCGGGAGGAGGACCCCAACGUUCCAGGCACUGGAGAGGAAACAGCCCCAGGGAGGGCCGACGGGGAGGCCCGGCAGUCUGCGGUGUGCUCAGGAGCAGGGGACAGCCCCCCACCCCCCGGAGCCCCUGCCCGGAGGGAGGACGAGGAGCAGCUUCCUCUCGGCCGACACUGCUGGGCGAAGAGCUGGCUGAAUCUGCCGGCGCCUCAUUUCUCAAACCCACCCGCUCCCAGCGCUCGGGGGCAGCUCACUCAUCUUCCCGCGGGGAGCACGAGUUUAGGGGUUUCAUGCUCCAUGCUGCUGUCCGUGGAGGCUGCGGGAGCGGGGGGCGAGCGUGGGGAAGAAAGCCGCCCUGCUCGGCACCCGGCGCACAGCGGAAGGGCCGCCUCUGUAUCCAGGGCUGCGGGUGAGGCUGGUGCUCUGAGCGCGCUCGGGAACCAGCAGCAGCAGCAGCGCGGGGAGCUUGCCGAAAAUUUGCUAGGCUUAGGACUGACCUCCUGGUCUUGUGCCACAGUGAACCCUGUCUUUACCCCUAAUGCCCGGCACGGAGCUACGGGCCCAGCCAGCGACAGGACCAGCCUCAUUUGCAGUAAUCAAGGCCAAGAGCUGCUGGCCCCAUACCAGGUCUGUCCACCUAAUAACCACUCGGGGCAGCGACACGAAUGCCCUAGAUGCGCGGACCUUCAAUCUUCCCGGGCCGAAACUACCUUCAGUCCAGGGAAACUCGGCACCGCGGCGGGUAGCAACACCCUGGCAACCGAGCAGCCCCAGAGGCCGGAAGUGCGUCAGCCGUCUGCGCCCAGUCGCCUUCCGGGAGCUCUCCUGUCCUCUCUAGGACCCCGGAGGGCGCUGCGUCUCGGUGGCCACCUCGCCGCCCAGCUCGGGCUCCCGCGGGGGAGGGCCAGGCCUCUGGGUCAGGCGGCUUCGGAAACGCAGCGGUCCCUCGAGUUCCACUGCUCGCCCUUGGUGUUGACAGCACCAAACGAGACGGUGGUUGUGGGGCUGAGAAUACAGGGUUUUGUUGCAACUGUCUUCUGGAUUCUCGGAGUCGAGGAGGAGACGCGGGCAGGAGCGCGGGAGCAUCGGAGGAGGACCAGGGGAGGAGCGCGGGAGCAUCGGAGGAGGGCGGGGGAGGAGCGCGGGAGCAUCGGAGGAGGACCAGGGGAGGAGCGCGGGAGCAUCGGAGGAGGACGGCGGAGGAGAGCGGGAGCAUCGGAGGAGGGCGGGGGAGGAGCGCGGGAGCAUCGGAGGAGAAGCGCGGGAGCAUCGGAGGAGGAGCGCGGGAGCAUCGGAGGAGGACCAGGGGAGGAGCGUGGGAGCAUCGGAGGAGGAGCGCGGGAGCAUUGGAGGAGGAUCAGGGGAGGAGCGCGGGAGCAUCGGAGGAGGAGCGCGGGAGCAUCGGAGGAGGACCAGGGGAGGAGCAUGGGAGCAUCGGAGGAGGAUCAGGGGAGGAGGGCGGGAGCAUCGGAGGAGGAGCGCGGGAGCAUCGGAGGAGGACCAGGGGAGGAGCGCGAGAGCAUCGGAGGAGGGCGGGGGAGGAGCGAGGGAACAUCGGGAGCAUCGGAGGAGGAGCGCGGGAGCAUCGGAGGAGGACCAGGGGAGGAGCGCGAGAGCAUCGGAGGAGGGAUGGCUAGAGAAUCCAAGGAAGGCACAGCCUUGGACGACCAAUCUGCAGAGAACCAGAUCGGGCUUCUGGUCGUAAAAGUGGAAGAGGAGGCCAGCCCUGUUCAGGGUUCAGAAAACUCCCGCCGGCGCUUCCGGGGCUUCCGCUACCCCGAGGCCGAGGGGCCCCGCGAGGCGCUGAGCCGGCUCCGGGAGCUCUGCCGUCAGUGGCUGCGGCCCGAGACGCACAGCAAGGAGCAGAUCGUGGAGCUGCUGGUGCUGGAGCAGUUCCUGACCAUCCUGCCCGAGGAGCUGCAGGCCCGGGUGCGGGAGCAGCACCCCGAGACCGGGGACGAGGUGGUGGUGCUCUUGGAGUAUUUGCAGAGGCAGCUGGAGGAGCCAGGGCCGCAGGUCCCAGGUGGUGACCAGAGGCAGCUACUCUGUUGCACGAUGGCGGUGUGGACACCAGCUCAGAGGCCAUGGAGUACCCAGUUCCAGCCAAUGAAGCCUCUGCUCAAGCACGAAUCUCUGGGAUCCCAGGCCUCCGCAGAUAGAGUUCUCCAGGUUCCUGGGCUUGCCCCGGGAGGGCGCUGCCGACGAGACGCAGUGGUGGCUGCCAGGCUGCCCUCAGAGGCCCAGGGCUUGCUGAAAACGGAAGAUGUGGCCCUGGCUUUCUCCCCUGCAUGGACACAGCUGGAUUCACCUCGGGGGAGCUUCCACAGAGAUGAAAGGCAGGAGAACUGUGGCGGCCUGACCCCCCUGGGUGGUAACAUGCAGGCUGAGAUCACGGACCUGCCCCCAGAUGAGCAACAUCCAGGACAAGAGCCUGGGGAAAUACCGCGCCACUUGAGUGAAGACAUUGCCCGGAUUCCUGCCUGUCUAGAAGCUGGUGAACAGGAGGGCAGGUUACCGAGAAAGCAGAAAAAUGCCACAGGAAGUAGGCGGCACUACUGUCACGAAUGUGGAAAGAGUUUUGCUCAGAGCUCGGGCCUGACUAAACACAGGAGGAUCCACACUGGGGAGAAACCCUAUGAGUGUGAGGACUGCGGCAAGACCUUCAUCGGGAGCUCUGCCCUUGUCAUCCAUCAGAGAGUCCACACUGGGGAGAAGCCCUAUGAGUGUGAGGACUGCGGCAAGGUCUUCAGCCACAGCUCAAACCUUAUCAAACACCAGAGAACCCACACUGGGGAGAAGCCCUACGAGUGUGAAGACUGCGGGAAGACCUUCAGCCAGAGCUGCAGCCUCCUAGAACAUCACAGAAUCCACACGGGGGAGAAGCCCUACCCGUGCAGCAUGUGUGGUAAAGCUUUCAGGCGGAAUUCACACCUCCUGCGACACCAGAGGAUCCACGGCGAUAGAAACGUGCAGGAUCCUGAACGUGGAGAGACCUGGGAGAGCCAGGGGAGGGUGGAAGGCCAGUGGGAAAACGUCGAGCCUCCCGUGUCUUAUAAAUGUAACGAGUGUGAGAGAAGUUUCACUCGGAACAGAAGCCUUAUCGAACACCAAAAAAUCCACACUGGUGAGAAACCCUAUCAGUGCGACACAUGUGGAAAAGGCUUCACGCGAACUUCAUACCUUGUUCAACAUCAGAGAAGCCACGUUGGAAAAAAGGUUCUAUCGCAGUGACCCACGUCGUAGGUGGCAGAGUUCGUGCUCAUUCCUCAUUGACCCGAAGCCACCCGCAGCCCUUC